GGAAAUUGAAGUCGUUUUGGAAACAUGAGAUGAGCAAGCAAUAGUAGAAGUGGAUCGGUGACGCUGGACUUCCGUUUUGUCCAGCGAUGUCUCUUCUUUUGCGAGCGAGUAACUUUUGCCGCCCUUCUCCGACGAGAAUCGAUGCGAAACUUGAGCUCAUCCAUGCUGGCUGCGUCGGGGUCGACGGGGAACAACCCAGUUCGGCUGGAAACCCUUGCUCGGAAGCUCGGGUGACAUUGGAUGUCCUCCGGACUCUGUGUAUCUUCUCUGGGAGUCUGGUAUGGAUAGAAUACGAUAAGAGACGGAUUGCAGUGCGUUUGCAGGUUCUGGAGGACGAAGCGAGCAAUUCUGAUACGGACCAGCCGGCUGGACGGAGGCCCGAGCGAGCGAUACAACCGUCUGUCUACGUAUCACAUAUUACUGCCGCCAAUUUUGGCUUAUACGGUGAUCGGGCUCAUGCGAUUUCGGUUGUGUUGAGCAUUGUUGAACAGGCGGCAUGCGAGGCCGAUUCGGUUUCUCUGUUGACCUGCGGGAGGCCAUUGCCGCAAUCGUGGAGGGCCUGGAACGAGACAUCGAUCUAUGCAACGGAAUCCUGGCCCUUACCGCCUGUCGAAACAAUCUUGCAAACGUCGUUUCUGAUUUCAGUACAUGAGAAUGAACAACUUUAUUUCUAUCAAAUUGCGGAGAUAGACGGAAACGCCACAUCCGAUAAUGUAUUCGUGUGUGGUAAUUCAACAAAAUUCACUCUAGUGUCCCCCCUACCUUCAAUCUCUUGCCGCCAUCUCCCCGAUCUGAACGCAACGUCACGACUCUACAAACCCGCUCUGUCCGAGCUACCACCACACCAAGAUACGGGGAGGCUUGUUGCGGCCUUAACAUUGUCUCCCUCUGCUCACAUGGAAGAGCGCGUCUGCCAUGUCGUGGGAACGGACGCGAACCACGAUGUUUGUUUAGCUAUGGAAGCGGCCGCUCUAUGUCUCGGUCGUCGAAUCCUUCAUAUCCAUGGAUUAGCGGGACACGCGUAUGCUUCGGGAAGGAACAUUUCUAAUGGAUCGCUGGCGGAUCAGUUAUCAGGUUUGGAGGUUGCCAUUGCCCAGGCCUAUGCGCACGCCCCGUGUGUGUUGCAUCUGGUUCGUCUCGACCAGGAAUGGGCAACAAACGACCACGAAUUACUUUGUGAUACCCAAAAUCGAGUAUGGUCGGUAUUGAUGGAUUGUUUGAGGGUGAGUGACAACAAUGCGGUCUCCAACGGCUCACUUUGGAACGAUAGGUCAAUUUCAAUCCCGUCAGUGCUGGUUGUCAUUUCCACCGCCCGUCUAUUACAGCCUGGCCCUAUGCUUCAGAACCUGGUGUAUCCAUCUAUUCAGUUGAGGCUACCAAAUCUUUUGUACGUGGAGCACCUCUGGCAGCGCACAACAAUAGACGCCACGAUUCCUUCCGAUGAGCUAUUAUCCAUAUGCAAGCAACUCGAAGGGCGGCCAGUGCAUGAGAUCUGUCUAUUGCAGAAGCAGUAUCUGGAGACAGAUCGAGAUUCUACUGGGGACAAUUCCAUGCAACUGUUGGAAUCGCUUUGUGUUCGUUUGGACCAGUCGCGGCGGCAGCGUUCAGGGGGCCCCAAAAUUCCAUCGGUACAGUGGGAAGAUGUCGGUGGCCUUGAACACGUUCGCCGGGAGAUUUUAGACGCUAUCGAAUUUCCUCUCAAGUAUCCUCAUUUGUUCCUCGGCAGCUCUACAGGACGAUCCGGUAUAUUGCUGUACGGCCCUCCCGGGACAGGCAAGACUCUUGUGGCCAAAGCCGUUGCAACGGAAUGUCAGCUACCUUUUUUAUCGAUUAAAGGUCCCGAACUUUUAGGAUCGUUUGUUGGCGAGUCGGAAGGUCACGUACGAGGUAUAUUUGCCCAGGCACUACGGCUGGCAUCACAAAAUACACCCAAAACGGCUUGUAUUUUGUUCUUCGAUGAGCUUGAUAGUCUGGCACCCCGUCGCGGCGACACUGCUAGUGGCGGCAACGUCAUGGACCGCGUCGUUGCAACCUUGCUCACUGAACUAGAUCGACGGCACGAGUUUACCGAAACUGUUUUUUGCAUGGGUGCCACGAACCGCCCAGAUCUACUAGACCCCGCCUUGCUGCGGCCGGGUCGCUUGGACCGCCUCGUGUAUUUAGGCGUUUCCAAAAGCAGUCAAACAGGAAUUCUUAUGGCGCAAAUUCGUAAAUUGCGACUGCAAGGCGAUGCAGCCCAAUUUGCUACAAAAAUCGCCGCGGUUUUGCCAGACAACUUGACCGGCGCAGACUUGUCAACGAUUUCGUCGGGAGCACUCUCUCGAGCAACUCUUCGACUUUGUGAUCAAGCGGAUGCGGAACUUGCAGUGCUGCGGGAGAGCAAUCCAUCGGCAGUACUGGAUGAUGUACUGGAGUCCUGGGAUGAACGUCAGUUGGAACCCACGGUGACGUUGUCGGAUCUUUUGGAAGCUGCCGAGUCGGUCGUGCCAAGCGUCCGACCCGAUGAGCUGGAACGCUAUGAGAAGUUGCGUGAUCAGUUCCAAAUGAGCUAAAAUGAACUUUCAGCUUUCCCGUGAAUGU